GCGCGACCACCCCCCCGUUCCAGCUAGCAGCCCGCCGGCGCGCGUGGUUGCAUGGCUGCUGUUCGCGUUGCUCCUCAGCAGGCUCCCCGCAAGGUUGGGUGCCUCGACUAGGUAAUUAGUUGGUCGGCCGGCCGGCCUAGGUGCACAGGCAACCGUUUUUGCGCGCGCUUACGGGAGGAUCGGAGAGGAGAGCUCUCCAUCUCCCGGCGGCCCAUUCGCGGAGAAUUGAAGAAGCUGAUCGCCGUCUUGUCGCUCUCUCUCCGCCCUGCUCCCGGGGCCGAGAGGGGCGGAGAGGAGGCCACGUCGGGAGCCGGCCGGAGGGACAGAGAGGCCGAUUAAGCUGGCGGACGGAACGAUGGCGAGGAGCGGCGGUGGGGUGGAGGCAGGCGGCGGGUUGAAGAAGGGGCCGUGGACGCAGGCGGAGGACAAGCUGCUGGUCGACCACGUGCGCCGGCACGGGGAGGGCAACUGGAACGCCGUGCGCCGCGAGACGGGGCUCCAGCGCUGCGGCAAGAGCUGCCGCCUCCGGUGGGCCAACCACCUCCGCCCCAACCUCCGUAAGGGCCCCUUCUCCCCCGAGGAGGAGCGCCAGAUCCUCCGCCUCCACGGCCUCAUCGGCAACAAGUGGGCGCGCAUCUCCUCGCACCUGCCCGGGAGGACGGACAACGAGAUCAAGAACUACUGGAACACGCGGCUCAAGCGCCGGCAGCGCGCGGGCCUCCCGCUCUACCCGCCGGACAUCGAGCAGGAGAUCGCGCUGCUGCGCGCGCAGAACGUGAACCCGCUCGCCGACGCCGACGGUAACGCCAGCGCCAGCGCCAGCGGCAGCUUCCCGCCGCCGCUCCUCUACGACGCGAGCAACCCGUUCGCGCUGCCGCCGACCGUGCCGUCGCCGUCGCCGUCGCCCUCGGGCUCGUACUCGCCGCUGAUGAUCAACCAGAACUACCCGCUCCUGAACCAGAUGCAGGGGAUGCAGCAGGCGUUCCACCACCACCUCGCCAGCCAGCAGUCGCCGCAGCCGGUGUUCCACCAGGCAGACGGCGGCGCCGCCGCGCUCGGCCACGUCGGCUUCGUCUCCUCGGGCCAGCCGCCGCUGCCCACCAGACAGCCGCAGGCGGCGGAGCUCCCUUCGAACCAAUUCGACACCUCCAGCAGCUGCAGCGGCGGCGGGCUGCUCGAGUCGCUGCUGCUCGGCGACGACCGCCUGCCGCGGCACCACCCGACCAUGGUCAAGGUCAGCUCCAUGCCCGCGCUCUCGUACCGCGAGCCCGUCUCCAGCAGGCUGCCCGUCCACGGCGCCGCCGGGAGCGACAGCGACGGCACCUCGCACUGCCUGCCGGGAGAGGACAUGCACCAUGGCGCGACAUGGAACUUCACCUUCGAGGACGUGAAGCCGAUGAAGAGGAGGACGCCGAGCGAGGCGGGGAUCGCCGACAUGUUCGGCGUCGCCGCCCCGGGGUCGGUCCCUGGGGAGUGGUUCGGCGCCUGCGGCGGGUCGACGGCGCCGUCGCCGGGGCCGUCGUCGGCCGUCACCGACGAUGAGUUCAGCCUGGAGAUGCAGCAGUUCAUGUCAUUGCUACCACUGUCAAUUGACGAGCACAGCUGGAACGCGUGACCUGGAUAAAAUGGAAGCCGGAAAAAUGUAGAGCAUGUAUUUGCUUUUGCGAGAACAGUGUACGCAUUGUUUUUGUAAUGAGCC